AUGGCUUCUACCGCUUCUCCCACCGCUCCUCCUACCGCUUCUCCCACCGCUCCUCCUACAGCCUCAAACUCUACCGACUCUAUGAUUUCCACCGCUUCUUCUACCGCUUCUACCGGUUUUACCGCUUCUACCGCUCGCCUUACCGUUCCUCUUCUCGCACGUCCUGCCGCUCGUCUGGCCUCUCGAGCCCGCCGCAUCAGAUCUUCUGCUCCGACGAAUCUAUGGGAGCUGACGAUCCUCGUGGCGGCGGUCGUCCUCGGCGUCGCCAUUCUGUUAGACGUGGUGGCGAUCCUGGCGAACUUCGGCAGGAAUCUGCGGCCAAUGUCGAUCCCAAUGGACCGCCAAUACGACUACAAUGCCCUACUGGACAAGACUUUGCGAGAUGCCGCGGAAGUGGUGGAUUCGUACCUCCGGCCGCCGCCCGAGCCCGUCGAGGCGACAAGGACGGAACAGUGGCGGGCGCUUUUGGAGAUCACUCUUCACCGUGUAGACAACGGCUACCUCACCCGUUGGGCAGUCUACGAUACGGACAACCAGACGGCCCGGCUUAUUGAGCUCCACAAGUUCCUAGAAGAGACGUGUAAUACUAUCGAGACCGUCUACAACUAUGUUACCUCUCCCUUUAUCUCCGUCAGCAAUUUCAGAAACCUCACCACCCGGUUCACCUACCAGAUGGCCAACCUUGACAUGAUCGCUGGGAGGAACCACGGCAAUAUUUGCGAGUCGCUCGAGAUGGAUAGCUUCAAAGAGUCACGCUGGGCUCCCCAGGAACUACUUACCGUCCUACGGCAGAAUGUCGCCGCUUUCGUUGCGGGUGUGCGCCGCUGGGAUGCUGAUGACUUCUACAAUAGGAUCAACAGCACUCGCAAAUCAUUUCAGACCACAGCACUCAUUGGGAAGAAUCCUGCGACGACCAAGACAGCCACGAUCAUGGUUGUGAGACUCUCGACGUCCACCAUUACAUACAAUUCGACGGAAGAAAUGCUCCUCGUGGCAAGCACAGCACCUCAACGCAAGCCAGGUCUUCGAACCUGCUCCAACGAUGGACAGCACAUCUACUCAGACAAACCAUGGCACAGCUCCUCCAACGACGGACAGCACCUCACCGCUAGCUACUUCUCCGACGAUGGUGUUGGCAGGAACGAUCGCCAAGGGGCUCCUCGGCUUCUCGCAUCAGCCUCGCGCACAACGGACAGCACAUCUACCCAGAAGGUUCUUGACACGGACCUUCCAACGACGAAAAGCAGAUCUACUCAGACGGACCUUGACACGGACCCUCCGACUGGCCAUGUUCCUUCUCUUCUGGCUAGCCACAGGCAGUACGGUGCCCAUAUCGCUUCUUCUACAUCUUUCAGCGCCACAGAUAGAAGACCCACUUCCGACAAAAACUUCUGCGACCUUGCCAAAGCCUACAUAGAGCUUGCCAACAUUGCCAAAGAAUACUUAGAGCCUGCCAAACUUACCAAAGACCACUUUGAGCUUGUCAAAGACGACAUCCCGGCAACGACAAGCCGAAGAGACUUGACGCAACAGCUUAUUAAAGACGAAGUCACGGCCACGACAAGUCGAAGAAAUUGGCUACAAAAGCUUGUCAAAGACGACGUUCCGGCCACGACAAGCCGAAGAGACUCGACGCAACAGCUCGACUCGAUUCGGCGGCCGCCAUCUCCCAGCUUUCAGGCUUGGCUGCCGAGAGACAUCGGACGACAAGACGUGAUAAAGCCAUCUCAAAAAUCACAGAUGCCCGGCAGUUUCCCCCAAGACGCACCAUCUUCCCGGGAGUUGUUGACAGAUGGCGGCGGCUCUCCUCCCACGACGACGCUUUCCGCCCUCGGUGCCUUGCGCUCCAAGCUUGAUCAGGAGACCCUGAUUAAGGCGGAAUCGAGAGAUGAGCCGACUGAUGACGAAGACGGUGCGGACUACGGGUCAGUGGUCUCCGAGAAGCCAGAGGAGAGUGAGGAGGACGUGGUUGCAACCAAACAGCACACGCCUGCUCGAAAAAGAUGCGCGGCUUUGAUCCAGAACGGCAAGCGGCGCUGCAAAAAUCGAGCCAGCGAAGGGAAAACUCGCUGCCCGCAGCAUUUGAAGAUACAAAACAAGCGCGUCGCGGAGAAUGUGGACAAGUGGUUUAAGAAAGAAAAUGCCAAGCCAGUUGCAUCGCAUCCCCCAACGGAGCCUGAGACGACCCAGAUGCACUCGAAUCUGCCGCUCGCUGGCCCACUGUCACGGACCGCUCGGCCCGACCAGCACGACUAUGACGACCAUGGUGCCAACAAGGCCGGUUCGUCGACGGUAAGAGGACAGGGAAGAAAGGGAGGAUCGGCCUUAGCGUCCUUGGAUGAUGAUGAUGGUGAUUCGGGAACUGUGGCUGCGUCUGGUCGUCCUAGCCAUGAGGAAGCGCAGAUGACGGUGGCGGAGCCAAACAUUGCAAACAAACGCGCGGUGGCGGAGCAGCGCUGGGCAAACGUUGAAAAGGAAGGCAAGGAGGCGUUGGGUGGCGUCUAG